GCAGCAGCAGCAGCAGCAAAUGCUGAUGAUUUAGUAGAUCUUUUGCCUACUAUCUACGACGGCAACAAUUAUAAAAACAUUGCUUUUAUGGCCACUGUUGGAGGCGCAUCACAUUAUAACUGGGUUUUAAGCAUUGGCGAUGAGCUAGGAAAAAGAGGCCAUAAUUUUACUUUUGUUACUUGUGAAAGGGACACCAAAUUCGCCAAGCCUUUCGAUCAUGUUGCCACUCAUUCAGUUGGGCCUUGUACAGAUCUUGAAUCUUUAAUGGCUAAGGGUGAGUUGAAAGAAUUAAUGAAGAAAGGAAGUAUCGAAUUCUUAACAACCGGUAUGGAGCUUAUGCAAACGAAUUAUGAGCAAGACUUCUUGGGCACAAAACAAUACUUCAUUGACAAUAAUAUUGAUCUGGCUCUAUGUGACCAUUUCUCUGAUGCUUGCAUGGACGCAGCUACCGUUUUACGCAUUCCUUUCAUUUACACUGGCUCUUUAGAUCUGACAAAAGACUCCAGCGCGCCGUACAUUAAUGACUAUGCUAUCUUUACACGUGGCCCUAUGACAACAGAAUUUGAAUCGAUUACAACCCGUUUCUACAACAAAUUUAUUCUACCCAUGCAGAUCAUGAAAAAAGUGGUGCCUUCUUUAAGGCGUUUUGAAAAGCGCAGAAGAGCCGUUGGCGUCAAUGUGGGGUUACAAGAUCCAACAACAAGACUUAAAAACACCUUAAAAUUAAUAGAUAAUCUUCAUGGCUUUAAUGCUCCUCGCCCCUCAGGCUCUCUUGUUGAAAAUGUUGGCCCUGUCCUUCCAAAAAAGUACACUCCAUUGACUAGAGAACUGAAAGAGUUUCUUGAUAUGCAUAACCGCGUUGCCUAUGUUGCUUUUGGGUCCAAAGCAACCCCUUCCGAAAAAGAAAUUUGCUUUAUUUUAAGGGGUAUUCUCGAAAAUAUUGAACAUGGCGAUUUAGAUGGCUUUAUCUGGGCUACAGUUCAUGCCGCUGGCUUCUUCCCUGACUCUAUCACCACUUCCUCAAAUACUACUUAUUUUGUUCACGACAUGUUUAACGGCUAUUACUCUAAUAUUCGAAUGACCAAAUGGGCUCCUCAAACUGCCAUUCUUCACCAUCCUUCUACCUACCUAUUCCUAUCUCAUGGUGGAUUAACGUCCUGGUUUGAGAGUAUGCAUUCCGGAACUCGUAUGAUCAUGUUCCCAUUCUUCGGUGACCAACCUGCCAAUGCUCAUACCGUUGAGCAAAGAAAAUUAGGUGGCAUUUUGAAGAGCACUUUCACUAUGGAUGAAGCCGUUGCCUUGUUUAAGAGAAUCAUUAAGGAUGAAACUAAUGAAAUUACCGAGAGUGUAAAGCGAUUCCAAGCGCUGGCUCAAAUCUAUACGAGAAAUAGUAUCACUCAUGCCGCAGACAUCGUAGAAGAAGUCGCUUAUACCCAUGUUAAUGGCCGUCUCCUUCAUCGCGAGUCUGCAGAUCGCCGUAUGUCAUACAUAAGAGCACAUAAUAUUGACAUCUGGGCCAUGCUUUUUGCUCUCGUUGGCAUCGCUCUAUCAGUGGGCGUGCUCGUCGGUUACAAAGUUCUUGCUGCUCUUGAUAAGCAGCAAAGUGCAACUAAAGUGAAAACAAACUAAACUCAAAGAAGGCCUUUAUUGCUUCUUCCUAUCAUAAAUCUAUCAAUACCCCCGACCUUGGACAUUAUUUGUCAGCUUUUUUUUUUUCUUUCUCUCUUUACCUUAGCUGCCAAUAAAUAAGCUGCUUUAUAUGUCUUCC